GGGACCCUCCAUCUGUUCUCGACUGCGUUGCGCAUUACUGGACACAGGUUGUUUACUCAGGUUCGUUAUUUAAAGGGGACAUUUCAUGAAAAUCUGACUUUUUCAAUGUUUAAGUGCUAUAAUCGGGUGUCUUGUGCAUCUACCAACUCAGAAAACGUGAAAAAUGACAAUCCAGUAACUUUGUUUACGUGAGCCUAUCUCUGCAAGCCUAUGAGAAAACAAGCCGUUCAGAUUUCGCUCGCUUUCUGAUGUAGGUAGUCGUUCUUAUUAUAAUAUUACCUCCCCCUUUUCUGAACGUGUCCACCCAUGGCGCUGCCGCCAUUUUUGUUUUCGGAAGCGACAUAUGUGAAUUAGUUCCGACACUAUGGCAAAAGUAAGCAAAGCAGGGCAAAGCAUGCUAAGUGUUCUGUUGUUGGCUGCACAGAGCAGCACAGAACACUGUUCCCAGCCUGGAACAAUGGAUUUAUUUUGUUUUCAAUGGAAAUCCACCAGACUGAACGAGGCAAAGCUGCAAAUAAAGACAUUGUGCAGUAUGUAAUUCAAGGAUAUCACAAGAGAAGAGAAUACAUUGCAGCUUUUCUCAGUCACUUUGGAAUGGGGGUGGUAGAGUAUGAUGCUGUGGGGUUUACCAAGCUCACCCUUUUGCUAAUGUGGAAAGAUUUCUGUGUCCUUGUACACGUGGACCUGCCUUUAUAUUUCCCAAGAGAUCAGCCUACCCUCACAUUUCAAUCAGUCUAUCACUUCACCAGCAGCGGGCAGCUCUACUCUCAGGUGCAGAAGUCAUACCCCUACAGUCCACGCUGGGAUGGCAAUGAGAUGGCCAAACGAGCCAAGGCUUAUUUCAAGGGCUUUAUCCCUCAGUUCCAGGAGGGGGCUUUUGCCAAUGGAAAGCUGUGAACAUACAGAAUUUGGUCUCUAAUUUUACUGCUGACUGUUGGAGUUGAAUGUAAGGUCUAUGAAGUGAUUUCUGUUUAUUGGAAAACCUGUAACUCAGCUAAUGUCUUCUGGGCCACUUUAAUGUUUAGCCUUUUGACCUCAUUAGCAAGUGGUACAUGUAAAUGUACUGUAUGUACUUUUUCAUGUCAUCUUUUUUUUAAUUUGUUGCUUUAUUUGUGUUUGCCAAAUGUUCUUAUUGGUGAAUUACAACAAUAAAUCAUAUUUCUUUUACUGUCCCCAGUUUCAAAUUUUGUAUUAUUAAUAAAUUUCUUUUUACACAAAAUUGGUUUCAUAAAGAAAUGAGUGGCAACGUUAUCAACAUAAGUGUGUUUGUUAUAGGGAGUGUAGUUAUAAAGGGGUGUGUGGAAGAACCUACAGCUAAGGGAGGGUGAGACUGUAAGAGGGAAUAAGAGUUGUUUUCAUCAUUAAGCACAAAGGUCAUUGUCAGGGGUCUUCUUUGGCCUGGGGGUCCGGCCUCUUCUGUAUUUAUUGUUGGUUAUGUAGCAGCUGUCAUGCCUCAUUUGGAAGCACAGAAUGAAUGUAUCUGGGGCAUUUAAUAGCAUCAAGUCUCCUAAUAAAAAUGUUAUUAACAAGAUUCUAUUGGUCUGUUUUC